AUGAUAAAACGUUUUGUUUUUUGUCCGCCCGGCCCGCCACCAUCACCUCUUCUAAUAAGCUGCUGGAGCAAGAUGUGCUUUGUUGAGGAUGGGGAUGCAGUGAUUUACUAUCUGCACAUUAGGCAUUGUACGGUAAACGGUGCCUCGGCAAGUUCGGAUACUCGCUUGACGAUUCUUUACAGUCAUGGGAAUGCGGAAGAUUUGGGGAGUUGCUAUGAAGGACUUGUAGCGUUGUCGCGUGCGAUUGGGGCCGAUAUCGUUGUGUAUGACUAUUGUGGCUAUGGCUUUUCAAAAGCGAGGGGUCAAAGUGGACCAACAGAGGAGCGUGUCUAUAAGGACGCAGACGCCAUAUUUGCUGAACUUACCGGUCGUCUUAAUAUUAAGCCGCUCCAGGUUGUUCUCAUGGGGCGCUCGAUGGGUGGCGGACCCGCCUGCUACUUGGCUGCGAAGCAUCAUUCGACGAUUGGUGGACUUAUCCUGCUUUCCACUUUCACGUCAUGUUUGGGGGCCGUUAAUUGUUCCUGCCUACGUUACCUGUGCGUUAAAGACAUGUUUCCUAAUGAAGAAUUUCUUGAGAGUGUUGUUGACUGCCCAGUGCUCAUUAUGCAUGGGAAGAAGGAUAGCGUGGUUUCCUUUAGUUGUGCCGAGCGAUUAUUGAAGAUUGUCGAGCAGGUGCAAAAACGUUUCAAGAAAGAAGGACUGGUAAGCCACCAUUGGUUUGCGAAUUGCGGUCACAACGAUAUCGAGGUGGUGAGCAUGGAAGAAUUGAGAGAGAAUCUCAAAACCUUCUUGAACCGUCUGACAAUUCACAACACCGAACGGAGUAUUCAUUCCACUCAAUAA